GUCUCAUGACGCGACGGAGGCUGUCACUGAGCGACAGGUUGACACUGACAGGGAACAAUCCUCCUCUGGGACUCACCGAUGUCUUGUCUGAUGGUCCGCUGUCAGGGCAGAUUCAAAAGGAAAGAUGGCCAGCUCCAGAAAACGAUCCCAGGAUGAGGUGAAAGAAGCAGAGAGGAAGAAACGAAAAGAAGAUGCAGUAAGGCAGCCACAGGGAGGUCAUUAUGGUCUGUACAACCAGGGCGCCACAUGUUACCUCAACAGUGUCCUGCAAGUUCUCUUCAUGACACCAGAGAUCCAUGACAGGUUGGAUCCAAAAUCACAGAUCACAGAUGAAGAGCUGAGAAACCUCUUUGAAGAACUGAAAAAAGCAACAUGUGGAACAGAAAAGAUCACAGAGAUUUUGGGCAUUGAAAAUGUUCAUGAACAACGUGAUGCUGUUGAAUGCCUUGAGCUGAUUUUACAUGAGGUCAGCCCACAGGCCUCUGAGGUUUUCGAAGGACAGCUAGCGUACACAACAAAGUGCUCUGAAGGCCACAACAUCAACGAGGAGACGAAUCCAUUCUGGACCCUUCCUCUGUCACUGAAAGAUACCCAUGAUGAUACAACCUACAGCGUGGAAAAUGGCUUUGAAAGGAUUUUCCAGCUGAAAUCAUUCAGCGGAGACAACAUGGUGUACUGCAAUGAAUGUGAAAAGAAAACAGACGCAACCUGUGGAUGUGAGAUGGUGACAUAUCCUCAGAUUUUGAUUCUACUCCUCAAGAGGUUUGACUUUGACUACAGCACCAUGUCAUAUUUCAAGACGAACCGCUGUGUGGACGUGCCACGAACGUUACAGAGAAAGAACAACAAGUACGAACUGUAUGGGAUGGUGAAUCACAUGGGGGGUCUCAGAGGAGGACAUUACACAGCCACCAUCCUGUCCAACGAGGACAAAACCUGGUAUGAGUUUAAUGACGAUCACGUCAGCCAGGUUGGAGAGCAACCAUGGACUUCCAAUUCCAGCACUGCGUAUCUGCUCAUGUACAGAGCCUCAGGGGAAAAGUCCGGAGAAAUGGACACAAAAAAAGAAGAUGGUGAGAUGACGAGAGAAAAUACUUGGAAGAGUUCAAGCAACAUCAAGAGGAAGAUUAUUAUUACUGCCAUUGUUUGUGGUUGUGCAUUAAUUCUGAUAGUGCCUAUUGUAUGGUUUAUGAAAAAAUAGAGUAGGGAGGAUUUAUGUCAGCACUGCACAUGGGCUCAGAAAUGUCAACCAACCAUGUAUUUAACCAUGUGAAUAAUCAAGGAGCACAAUCAUGUACAGUAUAAUCAAACUUUGGAACAUCUCUCACCACAGUAAAUUGAUUUCUUUUGACUUUUAUCCUCUUUAUCGCCGCCCUAUGUUUCAGUGUGAGUCACUAUAUGUUUUCAUGUUUCUGUUAAUGCUAUAUUUACUGUCAUGGACUUUUCAUGUCGCUAUAUGACGUGCAAGGUACCCUGGGUGCGUUGGUUGAUGUUCUGUGACGCUGUGUCAAGUUCUGCCUGUUACAUGCAUUGUCUGUUUUCAAAAUACACUUUC